GAGUUCUACGCCAAUGCCGGCGAGGCGACGGCCCUAGUGCAGCAGCAGCCGACCCCGCCGCCGAUUUUCGACAGCCCCUACAAGGGCAUGCAGAGCGAGUCUGGCGGCGUGAUCGGCAUGAUCGAAGUGAUCGAGGCGGACUUUGCCCGGCUGGAGGCGGACACGGCCGCGGCCGAGGAGGCGGCCCAGAAGGAGUACGACGAGUUCAUGACCGACUCCUCGAUGGACAAGGAGGCGAAGACCACCGACCACGACCACAAGACCACCAAGAAGGAGGACCAGGAGCAGACUCUGGCCUCGAAAAAGGAGGACCUUGCGAACACCCAGAAGGAACUCGAUGCUGCGAUGGCCUACUUCGACAAGCUGAAGCCCUCUUGCGUGGAAGCUGGGGUCAGCUACGACACCCGCGUGAGCAAUCGCAAGGAGGAAAUCGAGUCGCUCCAAGAAGCCCUGAAGAUCUUGAACGGCGAGGACAUCCCCUGA